AUGGCUUGGCAACGCCCAGAAGAUCAAUUAUGUGGACGCGACCAAGACCAUGAAGCACAACAUAUGAAGAAGAAACGAAUAAUUGGUGGCGACAAGCAAAUGCGCAAGUUGGACCAAAAGUCGCAGACUUUGUUCGCCUACAUCGUAUCUUCGCCCGACCCGUUGGAAAUGGCAAGCGUAAGGGCCCAAGCCCGCGAGAUUUGGCCCGAAUGGCUCGACAAGUCUCACUCCACAUGGAAAUGUGGUGACAAUUUCCGAAAGUCGUGCACCUGCUUCGUGCAACGACACUUUCCUGAGAAGUUCAACAAUCGAUUGAGGUUGACGUCAGCCGACGCCAGCCAUAUUGUACCGUCUAGUGCCGGUGCUCUUUGGAACCCAACAGACGGCACAAAUCCAGCCGAACGCGGUCAUCUUGUGCCGUUCGGUGACGGCGCUCCGUUGAACCCUGCAAACGGCACACCAUCCCACGCAGCGGUUGACAUUGACAAUGCAAAUCAGCCUCUUCUCCACCCAAGUUCAACGAACUGUCCUGACAGCCAUCGUGAAACCGACAACGACGACGAAGACGUGACAUCAGUGACGUUUCAAGACGGAACACCUGUAAAGCUAGCAAAUCGAGACGAGUACGGCUUGGGCUACAAACACAUCGACAACAUCGCAUGGUCAAAUUUUCUCGAGAGGGCAAGUACCAACGAGGGGUCUACAACAAGUCCUGCACACGAUGCAAUGCCAUGUCACCUUGUGUUUCGCAACGACUCUGCGACAACGUCAUGA